UCUCGAUACUGUGAGUCAGCGGCUCCUCUCCAAGAUGUCUACGGGGCAGCAGGAGGAAUACCCGGACGACGCGGUGCUGGUCACGGAGGCCGGGCCGCAGUGGCUCCGGGUCGAGAUGGAGCGUCUCACCAGGGAGCUCCGUGAGACGACCCAUGAGAAGAUCCAGGCGGCGGAGUAUGGGCUGGCGGUGCUGGAGGAGAAACAGCAGCUCAAGCAGCGAUUCGAUGAGUUGGAAACGGAACAUGAGACGGUCCGACAUGAGCUGGAUCAGCUGAAGGAGGCCUUUGGACAAGCUUACUCAGCCCACAGGAAAGUGGCAGCAGAUGGGGAAAGCAGGGAAGAGUCACUGAUGCUGGAGUCUGCCAGUAAGGAAGCUCUCUACCAGGAGAAAGUCCUGGAGUUACAGAAUGAGCUCCGACAGGCCAAAGCCUCCCUCACCAGCGUACAAGCUGAAAAUGAUCGCCUGUCGUCCAUUGCCGUGGAGAUGAGAGAGAAUACAGAGCUAGCAGACCUGCAGCGAGGUCAGCUGCGUGAUGACAUGAGAGAGUACAAAGUGCGCGAGACUCGUCUGCUGCAGGACUACAGCGAGCUGGAGGAUGAGAACAUCUCUCUUCAGAAACAAGUGUCUGUGCUGAGACAGAACCAGGUGGAAUUUGAAGGUCUAAAGCACGAGAUCCACCGUCUGGAGGAGGACUCCGAGUGCCUCCACAGCCAGUUGGAGGAAGCCAUGCGUCUGAGAGAAAUCGCUGAGCGACAGCUGACGGAGGCCUUAGAAACGAUUAAAACAGAGCGCGAGCAGAAGGCCACUCUUCGCAAGGAGCUCUCCCACUACAUGACCAUCGGCGGCUCUAUGUACAACGGCUCUUUCAAUAUCUCCAUCGACAACUUAAAACUCCACGAGGAUCCUUCCGCCCUCACCGAGCCCGACAACGAUGAUCUUAUCAGAGGCUUUGAAAACGGCUUGGCCAAGAUGGAUGAAGACAACAGAGCUGCUGGGAACAAGAGAGGAGAGUCUUUCAAGCCGGCUCCUAGCCUGGUGGACGACCUGCUGAGUGAGCUCAACAUCUCUGAGAUCCAGAAACUUAAACAACAGCUUGUGCAGAUGGAUCGAGAGAAAGUGGCUCUGAUCAACUCUCUCCAGGAGAACCAGAAGCACCUGGAACAGGCCUAUGGGACUGUGUCCGAGCAAAAGGAAACUGUCAACCGGCUGACUGAGAACCUCACUGCAAUGAGAAAACUUCAGGCCAGCAAGGAGCGGCAGUCUGCCCUCGACAGUGAAAAAGACAGGGACAGCCACGAUGACGGAGACUACUACGAGCUGGACAUCAAUGGACCUGAGAUUCUGCAGUGUAAAUACACUGUGGCGGUGUCUGAAGCCGGGGAGCUGAGGCAGGAGCUGAAGACUCUGAGGUCGCAGUACAGCGAGUGCCGAACCCAGUACGAAGACGAGCGAGCGCGGCUGGAUAGCGACGUCCAGGAGUUGAGGUCAAAGUUGGCGUCCUUGGAGAAGAUUAGCCAAGUGGAUAAAGCAGAGGUGGCUCGUCUGGAGAAGGAGCUCCGUCUGGUCAGCGAGGCCGCAGGAGAAUCACUCGGCAGCCUUAAUGUGGCGCAAGAUGAGCUCGUAGCUUUCAGUGAAGAGCUGGCCAAUCUCUACAACCAUGUGUGUAUGUGCAACAAUGAGACCCCUAACCGGGUCAUGCUCGACUACUACAAGGAAGGCAAAGCCAUCGUAAGAAAGGGGAAUGAGGGGAAGGAGGGGAAGGAGUCUUCCAUACUUCUCACUAAUGGGCUGAUCUCUGAGACUGAAACUGGAAAUUCUAGCAGCACCACAGCUACACCAGCCCCAGAGCACCGGCCAGAACCCAUGAACAUCUAUAACCUCGUAGCCAUCGUCAGGGAUCAGAUCCGCCACCUGCAGCAGGCAGUGGACCGCACCACUGGGCUGUCACGUCAGAGACUUGCCAAUCUGGAGCUGGGCACAGUGGCAGACAAGGACAAUGAGGCUUGCAUUGGAGAGAUCCUCAAACUGAAGUCCCUGCUUAGCACCAAAAGGGAACAGAUCGCCACUCUCAGAGCCGUGCUCAAGGCCAACAAACAGACGGCUGAGGGUGCUCUGGCCAACCUGAAGAGUAAGUAUCAAAGCGAGAAGGCCAUGGUGACCGAGACGAUAAUGAAGCUCCGCAAUGAGCUCAAGGCUCUGAAAGAGGACGCUGCAACGUUCUCCUCUCUUCGAGCCAUGUUCGCUACAAGGUGUGAUGAGUACGUGACCCAGCUGGACGACAUGCAGAGGCAGCUGGGUGCUGCUGAGGAUGAAAAGAAGACCCUGAAUUCUCUGCUGCGUAUGGCCAUCCAGCAGAAACUGGCCUUAACCCAGCGCCUGGAGGACUUGGAGUUUGACCAUGAGCAGGCGCGCCGCAGCAAUGCCACAGCGGUCGGAGGCAAGGGCAAAACAAAGGUUAAGGGAGCCACUUCCAGCCAUCAUUAAAUCAAUCAUGCCAAGUGCCCUUAAGGAGGUCCGUCAGAGUGUCGCUAACACGAGAACCUAUCCAACAGUAUUUGCCAAGGGCCUUGUUUUAGAGUGCCAAAACAAGUAUAUGAAAUUAUGUCAAACAUGCAGAAAGAAUGACUCAUCGCAUCAGCUGCCCACUGCAGUCCUUCAGUCUUCCAACAAUAUGCACCACUAUUAUUAUUGAACCAGAGGAAGAUAUCAGGAUGGGUGUUUUACUGGUUACCCAUCGUCUGUGUUACGCUGACUGUGCACUUUUUGUUUUACUUAUUUGCUCUUCGGUGAUUCCUUUCUUUCUAAAAAAAUCAUACUAAUUGUUUCAAGUAUUAUACAGUGUUUUUACCAGAUGUGCAUGUUUGUCUACAUUUUCAAGUGAUUCAUCACAUUUUUAGCUCUAUUUAUUUCAUAGUAACAAAUCCAGAGAUUAUGUGGUAAUUCUUUUGAAACCAGAACUUUCUGGUUGAAAUCCAACAAAAGAGACAAAUACACUUUUCUGCCUUAGUUGUUUUCCUUUUGGCCUUAAAUGUAUGGAUGCCUUUCUAGAAGCCCAUAGAAACACUUUUCAAGGUUAUCAAGAUUCUUGAUAACCAUUUCUCCUGUUUAGCUCAUAAAUAAUAAUGCAAUAUAUUAUUUCCGCUAUAUGAUCCUGCAAAUAUGGAGCUUUAUUUUCAGGGUAUUACUACAUUUGGGCUCCUCCUUUGUAGACAUGGCAGAGCUGUUACAAACUCAAGUAUGCUUGUUAUAACUAAAGAAGAGUAUUAAUGCAAAGCUUAUUUAAAGAUUUCUAAGUUAAGUUCAGAUGUUAAUAGUAUUCAUAAAAGUUAUUCAUGAAGGAGAGUUUUUAAUGUAAUUGUUUUAAUACAACUUUUUGUAAACCUUUUGAGUCCUAAAAUCUGCAAACAACAAUUCUGCAGUGCCAUUCUGUGUUUUGUUUCUACAAGUGCAAUUUGCAAACAUGACCAGAAAAAAAAAAAACUAAAUGUUUAUUCUAUGUAAAAAUAUUUUACACAUUGUUGCUCACAUACUUGGUCCUAAUUGAUUUUUAUAUGUUUUUACUAUAACUGCAAUUGUAUUUAUUUGACACUGUUCAGACUACAGGAUGUCAUCAUCCUUUUUGUUUCCUAAGGGAGUUUGAGUGGAGGUGACUGGUCACAAUAUUGGUAAGACUGAACUUGUGGUAAAACACUAGCACAUUUCAUGACUGUGGGUUACUGUCUCUGCUAACAGUUAUGGCUGGUGGAGAAAUAAAACUUAACUUUCACAAUA